GUACAAAUUAAUAAAAAAAAAAAGGAAAAAAAAAAAACGGAGCUUAUUUGAAUACCCAAUCAGCUUUAAAGAAUAUUAAAUUAUUAUACAUGUGGGGCAAUAUAUUUAAGGGGAAAGAAGUGAUCUUUUUUAUAACUUUUUUUUCAUAUUUAUUCAUAUUAUAAUACUGAAAAAAGAAGAAAAAAAACAUGUCCACUGUAUCUUCUAACAAAUACAAGUAUACUAAUAGACCUUCAGGUUCAUUAAGUUCUACUUCAACUGCAGUUCAAUCUACUGAAUCCGAUAUGUUAUCUGUAUCAAGUCGACAACGUCAGUCUAAGAAAGAUGAGGCAAUUCGUAAAAAGAUUGAACAGGAGUUAUCAAAAAGAAGAAAUAGCUCAACACGUAUUAAACAAACUAAAAAAAUUGCAGGCACAGUUUCUGCUUUACGACCUGCUCAAGCGCUUACAGUAAGAGAGACAAUUUUGGUCAUUGAGGCUGCUCAGUUAAUGGCUGCGAAAAGAAGUGAUUGUGUACUAGUUGUGGAUGAAGAGGAGCAUUUAAGCGGUAUUUUUACUGCUAAAGAUUUAGCAUAUCGAGUUGUUGCAGAUAAUUUAGAUGCAAGAGCAACUACAGUAUCUGACAUUAUGACCAAAAAUCCAAUAUGUGUAACAGCUGAUACAUCUGCUCAAGACGCUUUAAAUUUAAUGGUAUCUCGUGGAUUUCGUCAUCUGCCCGUUUGUAAUGAAGAAGGUGAUAUAUUUGGUUUACUUGAUAUCACAAAAUGUAUUUAUGAAGCAUUACAUAAAAUGGAAAAGGCGUAUGGUUCAUCACGCAAACUUUAUGAUGCACUAGAAGGUGUGGAAAAAGAAUGGGCUAAUAGUCCUGUUCAAUUUGUACAAUAUAUGGAAGCAUUAAGAGAUAAGAUGUCUUGUCCUGAUUUAACGACUGUUUUGGAUUAUUCUAAUCCUGUCCAGGUACCUGUGAAAGCUCAAGUACGUGAGGUAGCAAAGUUAAUGAAAGAAUAUCAUACAACAGCUGUACUUGUGAUGGACCAUGGUGGAUUAGCUGGUAUUUUUACUUCAAAGGAUAUUGUUUUAAGAGUGAUUGCUGCAGGUCUUGCUCCAGAUAGUUGUUCGGUUGUUCGAGUGAUGACACCUCAUCCAGAUACAGCUUUACCUUCUACUAGCAUUUUAGAUGCAUUAAAGAAGAUGCACGAUGGUCAUUAUUUAAAUCUGCCUGUAUUAGAUGAUAAUAAAAACAUUAUAGGUUUAAUCGAUGUUCUUCGUUUAACCUAUGCUACACUUGAACAGAUCAAUAGUAUUGAAGGGAAUCAAGGAGAUAAUGGAAAUAAAUUUUGGAAUAGUAUUAUAGCUACUGAUAACACUGAAACAGAAUCAGUUAUUUCAGAUUCGCUUUCACAGGCAGCUAAUUCACACAUGUUUCAGCCUUCUUCACCUCAUUUAGAGCAAACACAUUCAACAAGAAUGGUAUCUCCCUUACCAGGCCAUGCACCUACUUAUACAGGAUUAGGAAAUUAUACUGAAUUAACACCCGCUGAUUCUGCCUCUGCUGUUCAAGAUAAUCAUUCGACAGUAUCAUCACACUUGAAUAACCACACAUUUUCUUUUAAAUUUAAUUAUGGGACCAAGACACAUCGAUUUCAUCAUGAUACUCAUGAUUUUAAGGGACUUUUAGAAGUAAUUCAACAAAAGAUCAUGGUCGAACAUCUUUCUAUUUCACAGUCCUAUAUAGCAGUAAGUCGUGGCAAUAAUCAACAAGAUGAAGAUUGGUUAACGGUAGCCUAUUUGGAUGAUGAAAAUGAUCAAGUGUUGAUGACGAGUGACUCUGACUUAUUAGAUGCUGUUCAAAUUGCUCGUAAAUCAGGACUUGAUCGAGUUCGUCUUUUCGUUCAUGAUUCUUUAGCGGAUGCUAUUGCAGCAGAGCAACAGAAACAACAAGUAGAAUUAUCACAGCAAGAUUCAAUCCAAUUGAACUCUUCAAGUUCACAUAUGAUGAUACCAGAUAGUCAACCUACUACUCUAGGUCAUCUAUUAGAUAUAUCCUCCUCUUCUUUAAAUUCUAGUAGUCACACUAUAGAUAAAGAAGACUAUAUACAAAAAGAAGAAGAAGAAGAAACAAUGAAAAAGAAAAAGACAAUAACAAAAAAACGAGAUCUAUCAAAAGAAUACAAUUUACCUAUUCCUCAGGAUAUGUUACUACCUGCCGCUAUCACAUUUUUAGGUGUAGUUAUCUUGGGUGUCUUUACUAUAUCAAAAUUAACAAAUAGUUCAAAUUCACGUUAUUAAAAAAAAAAAGAUAAUAAAUUUUGAUUUAAUAUUACAAACAUGUAGAGAUAAUAAACUACCUUCCAUUAUUU